GAGGUAAAGUAAGACAUGAACCCAACCGCUAUGGUAGCAAUAACUGUUACAUAGCACUCAACAGCUCUGAGUACCUCUGGAUGUAAUUACUAUAGUUGAUAGAGUAUUGAUUUUCAAGAAGCAUGCAGCAUAAACUCUUCCAGCUAUCUUCCAAGUCCGAGUGCAACCCGAUGCGAUGCGGGAUUUUUGACAGUGCAUCCACGUCACGCACUGCCACCCCAGCGAGUAUCAUUUACCCAUGUCGAAGUGGUUGCGAUGGCUACAGUGUAUCUAGACUCUCAAAAACCGGGAUUAUACCAAGGAGUGGCUGCAAUGUGCUGGCCAGCCUUAUCGGGCGGGCAUCCAUUGUGAGUGGGAUGGCGUGCAACGUGUCUCGCCUCGCGUCGGCGGCAUCUUCUUCCACUUCCCCUCCCCACUGCCCCUCCAUCCUCAUCCCCUCGAUCGGCAUCCACGUCGACUGGCGGGAGCAAGCUGCAAGCUUUCGGAACCCAGCUUCCUUUCAUGCUCCCAGCUUUCAUCAAGGUGCUGCCUGCUUGCUUUUUUCUAUCGACAGGGAUAGCAAUGGCGUUAAUGGUGCAGAGACUGAUGUGACCGACAUAGCUGGGUGUAGUAUGCAGCAGGGAAUAGUCGUACCUCCGGAACAGAAGGGCUUUUACUACGGUUUCACGAGACUUGAGCUUGGCAGUGUCUGGUGGCCAGUACCACCCGUUGAUCGCUGUCUUCCCUUGAACAAUCGAUUUCUCCUUCUGGACUACACCAUACUGGCGGGUUAUCGACACUAGCAGAUGGAGGUGUCAACAGCUGCAGGUCGAUAGGUUCAGGCAUUGCUACAUGCAGCUACCUUGGAGUACCCCGCAGUCACCAUCUACCAAUCUCCUAGGCCAUACAUCGUGUCAAUCAAGAGAAACGUGCAUUAUCCAGCUUUGGUCGAAUAGUGAUGGAUGGCGUCGGAUGCAUGCUGUACGUUGCAAUGCCCAAACUGAGGUCACCCAACAGAUGCGUCUGUGAUAGCCAGGCUAUGGCUAUCGCGCAUAUCGUGCAAAAUAGGACUGGAAGAAUGU